AUGCCACUCUAUUGGGACGAAGUAGGUGAAAGAAAGAUCAUUGGUCUUGAGUUAGUACAGCAGUCAUUGGAAGCUAUCAAGGUCAUUAGAGACAUAAUGAAGACAGCUCAUAGUCAUCAGAAGAGUUACGCCGAUAAGAGGCGCAGAUCUUUGGGGUUUCAGGUGGGCGAUCAUGUUUUUCUAAAGGUGUACCCUAUGAGAGGGACAUCUCAUUUUGGCAAGAAAGGAAAGCUAAACCCUAGGUAUGUUGGGCCGUUUGAGAUCCCGAAGAGAAUUAGAAACCUGGCUUGUCGUCUUACGUUGCCGCCGGGGCUUGCUCGGGUACAUAAAGUGUUCUACGUAUUGAUGUUGAAGAAGUAUAAGCCGGACCCCACUCAUGUGCUAAGUUAUAAAGAGAUCGAGCUGGGUGAGCAAGCUGCGUACGUAGAAUGUUUAAUUAGGAUCGUGGAUAGGAAAGAACUAGUGCUCCAGAACAAGACAAUCCCGUUAGUCAAGGUGACUUGGUAA